AUGUUGCGGCUAUCACAGCAGCCACCACAACCACAACCACAGCCACAACAACCACAGCCACAACAACCACAGCCACACCAUCUACAUCAACAAGGACUAAAGAAUAAACAAUUCAUUCGCUACAAUCAUUGUAAACUGCAACAACAACAGCAACAACCCCAACUGCAACAGCAGCCACACCAGCAACAACUACAGCAGCAACAGCAGCCACACCAGCAACAAAUACAGCAGCAACAGCAGCAACCACAACAACGACAACGAUCUCAAUAUCUGUGGCAUUUUAAAAGUCCAUCAAACACCAUUAACUAUUCUAACUUAAACUUUAAAACUGAGAAUAACAAAUGCAGCUUAAAUGUUGUUGACGAUUCAAGUAUGUUGCUAAAGCAGCAGCAGCAACAACAACAACAACUACAACAACAAGAACUACAACUACACAAAAAUCAGCAAAAUAACAUCAACAAAAACAGCAACAAAAACAGCAGCAUCAUCAGCGUCGAUAAAAUCAAGAUUAAUAUGCACGAAAAAUCUUUUAACAACAACAACAGCAACAACGACGACGAUGAUGACGUCAUAAAUAACUCGUCACACUACUGCAACAACCACAACAACAACAACUACAUCAACAACAAUGACUACAACAACAACUACAUCAACAACAACAAUGACCACUACAACAACUACAACAACAACUACAACAACAACAACGAUAUCAACCGAACUGUCAAUCCAGAAAAUGACGUCACCGUCAAUGCGAGCGUAAAUAAAAUUAUCGCUAAGAAUAAAAACUUCAAUAGCAAUCACACACUCAAUGACAUCAACAACAACAACAACAAUAACAACAACAACGACAAACCUAGCAACAUAGAAUCGAUAAAAGAGCUGCCAUAUUCGUUUGACGUAUUUCACUUCAUUUUACCGGAAGUGAAAUUGACAAAUAACCCGCCAUGUUUUGCCGAGGUCACGUGCCAGGAAAUGGCUCCCGCCAUGUUUGUUGGGUGCGACGCGGCUACCAGUAAGUGCUACUGCGCCGCCCGCGAUGACGUCAGAGGGAUGUACCCGUGUGACCAGCAGAAGAGGGCAGCCGAUAUGUUCAAUAACCCUGUGAAAACCCCUCCAGACGAUGUCGGUGGUGGCGCCUAUACUAAAAUUGGAAAUAUAGGUCAGUGUGUGGCUAUGACACGCAAGGUUCAUAAGCGAAUUCGCCUCCUCAAGUAA